AAUGGACUACCCGAGAAGGCACUCAGUGUAAUGACUGUGGAGGAUAUAUGUCAUCUCAUCGCGGACAUUGUUGACCUCUCCUUCAAUCAGAGCCUGCGUACAGCCACCAGCGAGGCUGGGCAGCAAAGCAGCCAACGCCGAAAACGGGACGUUGCAGACACGUCUCCCCUCACCAUCUCCCCCGAUGACUCUGAGCAAGGCCACCCGACGUUUACUGAACACGACUUACAGGCGCCCGAGGGUGUGUCUGAGGUGGAACGAGCCUCCUCUCUCUUGGCACUGUGUCAGAAACAGGUUCGCAAACUGAAUAUCAGCGGGGCCGUGCUGGCUGUAUGCAAUUUGAGCGAACUGCGCAAUGAGCUGGGGUUGAGCUUCGGUGACUGGCAACUGUUUAAUGCAAUCAUUAUUCAUCUGCGACAGCUGGAAGAGCUUGGCCAAGUCCGGGGUGGAGGAGGAGGACACAAGAAGGCCGAGCAGCUGGUUGCAUUUAAAAGACCAGACCAGCCUGCGAAUCUGGAGGCUGGGGGACGAGGUACGGAUACAGGCGAGGGCAAAGCAUCCCUGGGAGGCCAACGACAGCCACGACAGCAGUGUGAAGAUUUAAAAAAGGCUGCAAAUCAUCAACUUCAGCAGACCGAGUCUGACAGCUCGGGUGAACUGAAAUACAGUUACAGCAGUAAGAUGCAACCGGCGACAGGCAAUUCCAGUUCAGCUGCUUCUGAAAAGAAGUUUGUUCGACCCGUGGGUUCGCUGAGAUCAUUCGCUGCUACAUUGGACAGACAGCCCUAUCAUGGGACAACAGCAAGGCACCUGCCAGCCUGCCCCCACUUC